CGCCGCUGAGAAUUCCAGCUUCUUGGCCGAUCAAUGACUUUAAGCUAGUCAUGGGCUCAUCGGGACUAGCGAUGGUGACAGCGGGCGCUGGGUGAACCAAUAAACCUGCUGCCUUCAAUCUAUCUCAUGAUUCUCAUCGCUCAUCGUCCAUCGAGAUCAGUUAAGCGCGUUGUCAAUCGCUGGGCUGGAAAACCGAAGUCAUCCGUUUCUGCCGGCCCUCCCACUCCUUCCCUGGUCAUCACACAUGCUGCAAUUGAGAGCGUUAUUGGCUUCUCUGUACUGAUACAGACUCUUCUAGUCGACGCGGGAGCUGAUCGGGCGGUUAUCGCCUGUCUCACACCCAUCCCAGUUGGCAAUCCAUCGAGCCAACGUGCAGUCGCCAGUCGGCCUCGCAAAAAAAAACGACUUUUCGAGCAGGUCUUUCGAUCUUUUUUACUCACUCUCUUAUCUCCGCAAGUUGGGAAUAGAGUGGCCAAGUGUGGGGGCCAUCCGACCUGGGCAAGGCACUGUCCCAUGGCAUUUGGAUCGGAAUGCUGUGGACUUGGAACCUGGAAAUCAAACACAACCGUUGGGAUUUUGAAUAUACCAGACCCGCUCUCCGGAGUCGACAACUACCUUGCCCACUUGGUUCUCACAACAACGGGGCAAUAAUUGCGUGAGAAGACCUCCUCUCAUGACUAACUUGAGAAUCUGUGCCCAAUGCCAAUGAUUACUAUACUGGAUUGUCGGUGAGCUCCGCUCUCUCAGUCGCAGAUGGGAGAAGGACCCAACUUGAAACUGGGCCUCUGAUGAUCAUGUUGAACUCGCUUG